AAGGGUCCACCACACCCACACGCUUUCCUCGACGACCUUGGCAUGGAAGGCCUUAGGCCUACACAUAGAAAUAAGGGUCUUUCUCAGUAUCUAUAGAAAAAGCCAAAUUUGUUUGUUAGCGGCCUAUUUAAUUCAUUCAAUUUCGAUUCUCCUUCUCAUUUGCAUGGCACUGUCACUUUCGCUGCUUACUUAGUUGCCUCUGCUUCUGGUGAAAGUGAAGGCUUUGUUUGUUCUUAUUGAAAGUAAUCAUGGCGGAGGAGGAGGAGGAUUGUUGGGAUGCUGGGAAAAUGCUGGACCUUUAUUUGCACGAUUACUUGGUGAAGAAGAAUAUGCAUGAGACUGCUGCACUAUUCAGAGAAGAGGCCGGCGUAUCUAACCGACCAGUUGUGAUUGAUUCUCCCGAAGGGUUCCUACAAGAAUGGUGGUCCCUAUUUUAUGAAAUUUUUGCUGCUAGGCAAACAAAGCUUCAAGGGGAAGCAGAAAGUACCUCUGCUAAGUCUGAAAUAAAGGAAGAUCAAUCACAAAGUUUUGGUCCAAUGUUUAUGCCACAAUUGAUGAUAAAUCAGCAAAUGGCUCGCCAGGUUCCUAUUCCGAGAUAUUUUGAUUCCAGUCUGCAGUUACUUCAAACUAAUCAACUGAGGCUCCCAAACUCAUUUGUAGCCAGUUCUAGCCUUCUGCAACAUCCAAUAAAUCUUGCUCAGCAUCAAGCUAAGAGGGAACAAAGUCAAGGCAUUAACUUGGGGAGUAACAUUCUUAUAAAUUCAAACACCCCCAAUAAGGCACUAAAAGGCAAGCUUCCAGUAACUUGGCCUCAUGCUGCAGGGUUGAAUGAAUCAAUUGAUCCAGCACCACUGAGUGGAUGGGUUUUGGAUGCACUAAACUAUCAGCAACCAUUUCAGAUAUUGAAAUGUCAACCAGAGAAAUCAGAUAAGGGGCUGUCACUUAUGCCUAGAAACCUGACACCUACUUUUCCUGGAAGCUCUGCCAAAUUCAGUUAUCAAAAUCUGAUACUUCCUAAGCCAGAAAUAAUUGAGAAUAACAGACCGGUCAGUUGAAGCAGUGACAAGCAAACCUUUUGAGCAGUUUAUUCUUUGAAGCUUACCAUUAUAGUCAUUUUACUUUCUGUAAGAUAGGAUGUAUUCUGCAUUCCUCUGUAAGAUGUUAUGACCUAUUACGAUAUGUGUGCUAAUAUUCUCAAAAUCAACCCUCUACAUUAAAAA